GCCAUGCUCUCGCGAUCUUGGCCACCGAAGAGCGCGCCGCCAAAAGAUCGUUCGCAGCUUCCAAACGGGGGGAAAAAAUCUCAAUCCACCUUCAGUCAACCGUACCUGCAUUAUCUAAUCGGAUGCUUGGGGAGCUCGCGCUCUCGCCGGUCAUCGUCUUUCUCCCGGGUGGAGUUUCUUGUUUGGCACCUCGCCUCGGAGUGACCUCGGAACUUUUUUUUCUCCUGUACUCAUUUUGUGUUAUUAUCUCGUGAAUGGUUGAUUUCGCCUCAAUCAAAACCGGGCGCGUCGAGUCAAAAUAUCUGUGUCAGUGGAGAAUUUCUCCGCUGCACCUGGUCCAAUGGAUCGUCCGUCAACCGUUAGAAUAGGCGCUUGAGGGGCCGUCGUCAUUUGACUGUGUUUUGUGUGAGCUGCACCUCCACGAGCCACCAAGGAGAUUAAUUAAACCAGCGUCGUCAUUCCAAAGACCACCAAGACAUCGUGUCGGUCGGUUUCCUAUAGGUACUAGGUAGCUAUCAGCGAGAGGAGAAAGUGGCGCGCUCCGUUUGCGAGACCCGACCCGACGACGACUACGAGAAGUCAGAGUGCGCAAUUAUAGAACUGCAAUAAUCGUAAAAUGUCGGGCUCUUGCUGUUCUUGCGGUGGCAGCAGUAGUGCGACAAGUGGCGAGAAUGGUUCUCGCUAUCCGUACGGCCAGGACAGUGGGAAUGUAACAGAGAAACAUUACGGCUGUUACAAGGUGGGCAUCCUGUUCUCAGUAGUCAUCAUUUUGCUCCUGCUAGUGGGCUGUGUGCCCGUAUUCUACCUCACCCACAACAACAACCUGAUUCUGUUGAUCUUGCUGGUAACGUUGAUCCUAAUAGGCAUCGUUACGUAUGCUUAUUUCCGUUGGCAGCACCGGAGGGCUCUGCAAAUGCGACGCAGCUACGAGGAACAGAAGAUGAAUCUAACCCGGGCUGUCAAAAAACCAGACCCAAAGGCACAAAACCCGACGGUUCCAGAUCCAGUGAAAGGAAAAUUGGAAAUGAACAAUGGGAAAAGUGCAGGUCCUGAACAACCACGUUACUCAUUUAUAUAAUGCAUGACAUAUGUCUGAGAAAUAAAAAGACAGAUUUCCAGUUUAAAUUAUUUGUUGUAAAAUGUUUAUAUUAACUACGUUAUUGUUCUUCUUAGUUCAAAAUGCAGAUAAGUACAUUAAAACUUUGAAAAUCUGUUGGACAGCUAAAUAGAAUAUGAAAUAUCUGCUUGUGCAUAAAAAUGCUUUACAAUCAUGAAGGUAUAUCGAGAUAUCAAGAUCAAGGAUGGAAAAUGUCGCUGAAUUUCAUGAAAAAAAAUGUCAUGACAUUUUCCUAUUUACACCACUUCUGGUGUUGAUUUCUGUUCGUUUCGUACGCAUCACCUCUUCAUAACGCUGAUUAGUUAUGGAUAAUCAAUGAUGUCAUCGAUUAGCAUUUCCGAUUCCGACUAAGUGCAGUGAAAUUAGCAAAUAAAGAAAUGACAUUUUUAUGACAUUGCCCAUCCCUGAUCAAGAUUACCAAGUCAAAUAUACGAUUCACUAUGCACUCGAGAAUUGCUUUUAUAAAAUUAUUAUGUUAUUAUGUGGAAGAACAUAUUUCUGUUUACUGUUAGCUUUCGUAAAGAAUAAAGUUAUACUUAUUGGUAAAAUAAAUCAUACAA